GUUAUAUUAGCAUUUGUUAAUUUCUUUGUGAACGCGCGUGUUGUGUGCGUCUAUUGGAGAGUGCCGGCAUUUUGAUAAUAAAUUUGUUGAAUAUUAUUAAAAAAUUGUUUAAACUUUAUUAAUUUCAAAACAUAAUUACUAACUUAAGCAGCACUAAAAUGUUUUGGGGUCUAAAUUUAAAACCUAACAGAAAAUACACCCAAACCACUACCAAGUCGUUUCAUAUAUCCCAAGCAGCUCUGGAUAUAGAGUCCGCACAAGACGAUACGAAUAAAAUCUACAUUGGUUCUGAAAACCAAAAGUUUCUGAUAUGCACUUUGCGUAAGGGGAAGUGCGAGCAAGUUAUGCUCGAUUUGAACUUUAUGGAAGGGGAUACUAUCUGCUUCCAAAGCGUAGGUAGCGGCAAUGUAAGCUUGGCUGGUUACUUGAUUGAGAACACGGAAACUGAUGAUGAUGAAGAUCCCGAUUUCGAUAUAAAUGAUUUGCGCGAAAAGCUUACUAAAUCUGCUAAAAAGGGAAAAUCUGUUGAAGGUAAAGCUGAUGCUGAUGCUGAUAGUGAUGAAGAGGAAAGCGAUGAUGAUAACGAUGAAGACGGUGUAAGUGAUGGGCUGGGCGAGGAAGAUGAUAGUGAAGAAGAAGAUGAUGACGAAGAUGAUGAUGAAGAUGAGGAUGAAGAAGACGAGGAAGAUGAUGAUGAGGAUGAAGAGAUGGAAGAGCAACCGAAAGCUAAACAACCUAAACUAGAAAAAAAAGUAGAAAAGAAGCCUCAACAAAAUGGCGUUGCAGGUAAAGCAUCAAAACACGAAAAGAAAGACAAAACAAAACCAAAACAACAACAACAACCACAGCAAAAACAGAAGGAAACUGGUAGUGAACGUGCAUUAACUGGUGGAGUAAAAGUACAAGAUUUGCGUGUGGGUGCAGGAGCAGAAGCAGUUCGUGGUAAACGCGCCAAUGUACUCUAUGAAGGUCGUUUGAAGUCUGACAAUCGUGUAUUUGAUUCUAAUAAAUCUGGCGGAGGUUUCAAAUUUAACAUAGGAAAGGGAGAAGUUAUUAAAGGCUGGGAAGUUGGAGUAGUUGGCAUGAAGGUAGGAGGUAAACGUCGUAUUACAUGUCCACCACAUAUGGCGUAUGGUAGCCGUGGUCAUCCACCAACUAUUCCACCUAACAGCACUCUUGUAUUCGAAGUUGAACUUAAAGGUGUAAAUUAAGUUAAUUGCUUUUCCUUUUUUUCUUUUUUUUUAUAUACAUUCAAAUUUUUAUAGUAUAAGUU